AUGAGCCCUUAUCAACACGAUGAAGUACAAGGUGAUAUAAGAAGUAAUGAUAGCAAUGAAUUCAUACGGGAACGAUCAAGAACUCCGAGUAUAAACUCACAAUCAUAUGCUAUACCAACAGAUUCUAUUACUAUUGAUUCCAACGAUAUAGAUGAAAGUACCGCUAAUGAGAGUGAUAGUAGUGAUAGCAACUCAACUGGUUUUAGUUGCCAAUCCGAUAAUAACAAUACACAAUUAAGCUCAAAUAGCAAUAGAAUGAUAUCUAAUAUUAGUUCCUCGCGUACAGAAGAUCUAGAACAUGAAGUCAGAGUCACUGGUAAUGGCUUACUCCGACAUUUAUCCAGUACCGAUACCAGCAUGUUUGAUGUUUCUAACUUUUUAUUUAAAUCAUUGGAACAGACAAUUGAAGGUGUGGAUUUUUCCGAAUGCUUACAAUUGCAAUCAAAAACCUCGGGGCUACUUAAUUCUAAAAUUGAAGAACUAACUUCAUUGAACCAGCAGUUGAUUGCUAAAUUUUCUUCAUUACAAACAAAAUUUAAGGAAACUGAUAUAAGGUGUUCUAAUAGCAAAAAAAAUUUGAAAAAUGCUUCGCAUAUGGUAAACAGAAUUAAGCUGAAAAUUGCCAGAAGAUACCCUAUAGAAUACAACCAAGCAAGGUAUAUUAUAAAUAAUAAUAAUUCCAAGGAUGAUGAUGAAAUAUAUAAUCCUUAG